UUAACGUUUUGAGACGCCAGUUUUGCCCUAGCUCUAGCUCGCCCAGCGAUGGAGCGAUCGAUUGCGGCGCUGGUAGCUCGCGGCGGUGGCGUGUGACGAGAAUGGAGGUGAGGAACGAGAAAUAUAGCGCUUGCUUGCGCCGGGGCAAGAUUACGGUCGUGCGCCUCCAACAGGGCAAGGAUCGCAAGCUCCAUUGGACGUUUCCGAGCGGCGGGGGCGCCAGCGAUGCCAGCUGCGUGGAGAUCGCGCUUGAUUUCUUGAUCUAUGGGACAAAGAAUGGGGAUAUCGUGCAUUAUCUUCUUGAAGAAGAUGCCCCGCUGCUGUCAACGACGUUUCAUCACUUGCAAGGCAUCAAAAGGCUGUGGGUUAAUGUCAUUGGGACACGAGUGAUACUUGAGGACGAAAUGGAGCAUCUCUUUGUCUACAAUCCUGUUUCGCAAGAGACAUCCUUGAUAAGCGAGACUGACAAUCCGGACAACGUGCUGUGGGAUUCCGAUGAUUCGAAUGUAGUGGUGAUUUCUAAAGGCCAUGAAGACAUGGUUUUUAUCUAUUCCAGUGCGAGUGUCUCACCGAAGCUUAUGUUCGUAGGCUUGUCAACGACAAGGCCUGCUGGAUUUGUUCCUUUGGCACUCCAGAACGGAGUUUUGACGAGCCAGCAGGGGAGUGCUCCUGUACAAGAAGUAAUUCUUGAAACACACAAGUGGAUCAAGGGGCGAGUUGAAAGCCAAGCUGAGAGAAGGAUGAGAUUUGAUCAAAACAUUGCUCUGUUCCAUUUCAAGGAGGCGUGGAAUGAUGCGAUUGUUUUAAAUGAGAUAGAGGUGUGGGACGCUUUAGCGAAACAGGCGCUGGGGCAGAUGGAUCUGGAUUUAGCUUUAAAAGCUUGCCAGCAAGCAAAGGACGUGAAGAUGCAAAUGCUUUUACGUCCUUUGGAACACAUUGAAGAUAAAUAUUUAUUCGCUGGUCAUGUAAUGACAAUAUUUGGAGAGCAUGAUACAGCACAGGAUUAUUUUUUGAAAUCUAUACAUCCGCAAUCUGCAGUGGAUCUACGAAUGAGCCUACAGCAAUGGGAUCGGGCGUUGCCACUAGCUGUUCAACUGGAUUCGCCUUCAAUCCAUGAUAUAAAGUGGCACUACGCUCAGUGGCUUGAACGGAAAGGCGAAUACCGUCAAUCAGUAAUGCAUUAUCAAGAUACUCUGAAAGUGUGCCUUCCCGACACACCUCGUUACUCUCAAGCAAAGACCGGCCUAGCACGGGCACUUAUUCACGUUGGUGACAUUUGGAAGGGAAAGCAGUUGGCAAUAGAGUGCAAUGAUACGCGCCUUUUUGGCGAAUGCGCAAAGAUUCUCGAAGGCUUGAACUUAUUACAGGAUGCUGCAGAACUAUAUGAGAUGGGUAAACAGCCUCAAAGGGCCACAAGGCUAUACAUUGCAGCCAGAAACUACUCAAAGGCUUGCUUGCUUGUAAAGGAGCUAGAUAGCUUAAUGUUUUACAACGAAUAUGGGAGAGCUAUGGAUGGGGAACGAAAAUAUUCUGAUGCGUCAGCUGCAUAUGAAGCGGGAGAGGAUUUUGAAAACGUAGUUCGGCUGGAAUUAGGACCACUAAAUAACCCCUCGAGAGCUUAUUCGGUGGUGUAUGAGACUAAGUCCAUUUCCGGAGCAUUUCUAGCUGCGAAGUUCUGCAAGGGAAAUGGAGAUUACGAGCGAGCUAUUGAAUUUUUUAUCAUGGCAAAAAGAAGGGACGAAGCUCGGGAGCUGGCUCAACUUCAUGGUAAAAUGGAUGUAUACACCGGACUCGUGGUUGAUAUAGCGUCAACUGAAGAACGUUUGACACUCGCCAAGUACUACGAAUCCACGGGAAACUACACACAAGCUGGCUUACUGUUCGAACGUUGCAAUGAAACAAAGAAAGCUCUUAACUUGUACCUUCAAUGGGGUUCGGCUGAAGGAAUUGAUCAGGCCAUAGCAAUGGUUGGGCGUCUUAAAGCCGAGGAACUUAUCUCGCAAUUGUUUGAUUUCCUGACGGAUGCCACAAGAGCGGAAAAAACACAGAAACAUUUGCAGCGCUUGCACACGGUCCUUGGGCAUUACGAGCAGGCCACAAAAGCUGCCAAAUUAAUUGCUGACCAAGAGAGGGAAGCAGGCAAUUAUAGGAGCGGGCAUCAACUUCUACUGGAUUACUGUAGAACACUUCAAGAUCACGGAAAGCAAGUGCCUAGUGAACUCCUUAGACAACUCAUGCUUCUUCAUUCCUACAUUCUUGUAAAGACGUUAAUCCGUCUUGAAAAUCACAGAUUAAGUGCUCGCAUGCUCAUCCGCAUAGUGAAAAACAUUUCGAUGUUUCCUGCUCACGUAGUUCAGAUUCUCACAUCGGCCGUUAUCGAGUGUCAACGUUCAGGCCUGAAAAAAUCCGCUUUCGAUUAUGCUUCCAUGCUAAUGAAUCCGGAGUACAGGCAGAUGAUUGCUCCUGCGUACAAACGAAAGAUCGAAAAAAUAGUACGCAAGCCGGAAAAGGUUGAAGACGAGGAGCCUCUGUCUCCAUGCCCCGUGUGUUCGCUACCUAUACCAGAAACGCAACUUGACUGUCCGGCUUGUGGAAGCAACAUCCCUUUUUGUAUAGUUUCUGGUCGGCAUAUGGUGUUGGAAGAUUGGACAACAUGCCCCAGCUGCAAGUUCCCCGCUCUCAUGUCUGAGUUCUUAAAGAUGCUGGAAGUAGAGAAGACAUGUCCUAUGUGCAGUCAACCCGUUGCUGAAGAGGACCUGGUGCUUGUAAAUCCGGAUUUGAAGAAGUGAUGCCGAUGCUGGAAGCGGCAUCGAGGCUAGCGCAAGAUAACAGUAACGAUUAGCAGGAAGGGAUGGCGAUCUUAAACUUCCCAAGCAGAUGUUUGACGGGCUCCAGGAUCCCAAUGAAACGCUAUGAUCAGCGCGUACGUGAAGCACGGAUCUCAAAGAUGCAAGGGACCUCUUUUUUCGUGCCAUCACUUGGACACCGAUGGUCAUGAGCUGGAUAUAUGCAACAAGCUCGUGGCCUAGCUAGCGCAGGAAGAAGAUCAUGGUCCUUGAUCACGGGGGCCUCGAAAAGCUCCCAACUUGAAGACAAGAAGCUCUUCGUCAAGAUGCCGCUCGCUUAGAAAUAGUGGGGCUAAGGCGUCCCAGAAAUGUGGCAAUCAUGCAUACUAUUUGCUAUAUUAUUCGCACCACCUUUUUCUCUUUC